GAGGAGGAUGCGGAGGAGGAGGACGCGGAGCUGGAGGAGCUGCUGGGCCCCUCUCCGCUGUCGCUCGGUCCCGGCGCGCAGCGCGUGGCCAUCGUGCACCCGGCGGUGAAGUGGGGCCCGAAGAAGUCUCCUCUCACCACGGCUGAAUUACAGGUGGCUGAAGCUGUUGCUCUUGUAGAUACUCUUCAGAACUGGACAGUUUUGGAUAAAAUAAUUAUUCCUACAAAAAAUCCCGACAAGAAGUUUGUUUUUGGCAAAGGGAACUUUCAGGUUUUGACAGAAAAGAUUAAAAAAUUGCCCCAUCUGACAGCUGUCUUCUUGAAUGUGGAAAGAGUAUCUUCAGUAACAAAGAAAGAACUAGAAGAUGCCUGGGGCGUGAAAAUCUUUGACAGAUACACCACUGUACUUCACAUUUUUCGUUGUAAUGCCAGGACUAAAGAAGCAAAACUGCAGAUAGCACUGGCCGAAAUUCCACUUCUCAGGUCAAAUCUGAAAAAUGAGGUGUCUCAGCGAGAUCAGCAGAGAGGUGGAUCAAGAUACAUCAUGGGCUCAGGUGAAACAUUUAUGGAGAUUCAGACUCGUAUCUUGAAAGAAAGAGAACUUAAAAUUAGGAAUGCCCUGGAGAAACUAAGAAGAAAAAGGUCUUUACUUAGAACCCAGCGAAGAAAGCGCGAGUUUCCGACGGUCUCCGUAAUGGGCUACACUAAUUGCGGUAAGCUAAAUCUCUUGGAAUU